GAAGAAGAAGAGGUCCUACUUUGGGACGAGAGCCGCUGGAUAACGCGACGUGUGACCAUGGCGGUGACUCUUUUGGGUCUUUGCGACGGCGAGCUCGACGAGUCCAAGCAUCGCACGUCCUUCCUCACCAACAAGGUGGGCGGCCUUCCGGACGUCGUAGCGGGCUUCCCCCGGGCUUUUCCCCACUGCGGGCACUGCUCGGCCCCGCUGGUGCACGUGGUACAGGUGUACUGUCCCCUGGAGGAGUCGCCGUACCACCGGUGCCUCCAGCUGUUCGCCUGCCCGGCCGCCGAGUGCGGCGGACGGCCGGACAGUUGGGCGGCGCUCCGCUCGCAGAGCCUGGAGGUCGACGAGAGAGCGGCGCCCGGCGAGCUCCAGCCGGCCAAGGAGACUCUUCUGUCGGCUAGUGACUGGUGUGACUCAGCUGAUGACUGGGGCAUCGUGGCUGACGAGAAGGAGAAGGAGAAGGAGGAGGAGGAAGGCAUCGCCAAGCCUGUCCCGGAGGAAGAAACAGUUCCCGUGGACGUCAUGAGCGACCGACUGGACGUCCUGCAUCUGGGAGAGCCUCCGCCGGACGUUCCCGUCCUGCGACCGUACUUCAUCAGCGUGGUGGACGAGCAGGACGCUUGGGGCCAAGAUGACGUGGAAGAGCGGUCGCACGCCGAGCAACUGCUUAGGGACUACGAGAGGAGGGAGGGAGCGGUCGCGGGCCAGCCGGAUGACGACGGCGGCGAGAAGUACGAGAAGAGCGGAGCGCGUCACGGCGAUUGUUUCUUCUCCAGGUUCCGCAAGAAGAUCUCGACGUGCCCGGGGCAGAUCCUGCGCUAUUGCCGCGGCGGGCAGCCGCUCUUUAUCUCGAAACCUCCGGCCGACGAGUGGCGGCCGACGUCGGCGUGCGCGUCCUGCGGGGGGCCGCUGAUGUUUGAGCUGCAGCUCAUGCCGGCGCUGGUCGCGCUGCUGAGCUGGAAGGACGCCGAUGCGGCUUGCCACCGCUCGCCGCCAGAGUUCGGGACCGUGCUGGUCUACACCUGCGCCCGUAGCUGCUGGACGUCCUCGGAGCGCCGACCCGUCCGCGAGGUUUGCUUCGUCCAAAUGGACCCGGACCAACGGCUCUUUAAAUGAACGACCGGUGGGGCCUCAGGAGUUGCUUGUGGGCCUGUUCCAAAAAUACCUCAUUGGUGAUGGGACAUUGUGAUUUUCUAGGAACGAUGCUGAAGGCACAGUCUGAAAUGGAAAGGCUUUGAGACAUUACAAAACGCAAUGGAAAUGUGGCUGCCGAGUGCACAUUGCCUCAUUAAUUAAUCAAUCAAUUACAGAGCAAUGCGUCGCUUUCAGGCCAACCCAAGUCGGCCAAAAUCAACUUUUGUCCUUUAAGUUGGUGUCCAUGCUAUUUUAAUUAAAUCAACAGAAAGAAA